CUAGCGCUACCCUGACGCCCUCUGAAUCCAUCUGGCCCGGCCGCUACACUGUAGGGCUCACGAUCCGUGACAAGCAGGGGAUGUCAUGCCCCGAUACCCAAAUCCUGGAUCUGAAUGUGUGUUCUUGUGUUGAGGAAAAAAUAUGUGUUGGUCGAAGUGCUGCCAUCAAAGCUAAACCUUCAUCGUUUAAGUUUGGGCUCUCCGGAAUAAUGGUCCUGUUCCUCGGAGUUCUGCUUCUACUUUUUGUAGGUGUGACACUGAUCACCUGUUUGUGUGGUGUGCCUGCGACCUUCACUGAACUUCCUUAUGACACCAGAGAACAUCUGAUUGCCUACCACACAGAGGGCCAAGGAGAGGACAAGGAUGUCCCUCCAUUGAGCUCUCUGAGCCUGAAAACAGAUGCCAGGCCUUUUGCCCACAUGGCCAGAAACUUUACAUCCAAUAUAACGUUGAAUACGACGACUGGCAACUACCAACUGGCCAAUAGCAUGAAAUCUAAGUCAAAGUCUUUAGGCAAUUUGAAAAUAGACAGAGGUAACAAAGAGACCCAUCGGUGGGAUAUGACUUCAUUUACAAAGGAAGAUGUGAGUCCUGUUCUGAAGCCAUUGCCCUCUCAAAUACGUAUGUAUAUGAAUACUACUCACAGGUGAGGGAUUGCUAUAGCCCAGCCACCCAUUUUGAUAAUAGGUAAAAGGUAAACGUUGGUAAAAAUACAGAAACAUACCACAUGGAUUUAUACAUUUAUACAUUAUACAUAGUAACAGGUAUGUAACAUUUUGUUGCCGUCUUUUCACAGAGGGCUAGCCAUUCGCCUGAUAGCCAUUUUGCAAGUGACAUGCCGUUGGUCUACGACUAUGAAGGAAAAGGCUCUUCAGUUGGCUCUGUAGGCUGCUGCUUCAGCCUCCCGGAAUAUGACAAUGACCUGAAGUUCCUAGACGACCUGGAUUGGAAGUUCAAGACUUUGGCUGGAAUGUGCUUACCAGAACCCCUGCAUCCUCCAAAUCCCCAUAAAACUGUUCUCACACACAUAACAGGGCAGCUCAAGGCUGAAUCUAGGCAGGUUCAGCAUAGGGCAGCUAGGCCUGAAGUCAAAGAGUUAAAAACAGUUAACACAAACAAUGACAUCAUCACCAACAGCACUAACUUUACACAAUCGUCAACCGACAAUACAUGCUACAUCACCACAUCAUCCACUGUCAAGAGCGCCGACUGCAACAUCACAUCAUCCGCUGUCAAACACAUCAACAGCAACAGCACUUCAUCAGCCGUUUAUCCGUCCUACGCAUCGUCCACUCUCAAAAGCACUAGUAACACUGCUACACCACCAGGCCCUCGGGCCGCUGUUAGCAUGGCUGUGCUCCCUUCCGCCAAUCAGCUAGUCAUGGUGCAACAGCAGCCCAUCUUCUACUCCACCACUUCGAUACCUGUGGCCUGCUUCAUUCAACCACAGAUCCAGUGCAAUGCCCUGCUGGCAAAAGGGCCAACUGAUGGAAGCUUGCCAAGUGUAGCACUAUUCAACAGUAACCAUCAACACAUGGAGUAUAUCUCAGGUGGAAGACAGGCAGCGGGGGGUAUUGACUUUGCCCAGAGCAACAGCAAGGAAAACAGAUCUAGCAGCCAAAGGCAUGAGGAUAUCAGGCUUGUAGUAGAUGUAGAUCAUGGGUAUCAGUGCAUGGCAUCUUCCAUGUCAAUUGCCGGCAACUCAUUGUAUGGGUGUUAGAUAUUGAUAUUUUAUUUUCCUUUACUGUAAAAACGUGAUCGAAACUAGAAAAUGCAUUUCCUGAAGAAAAUGCGGUGAGUUGAAAAUAUGUUUUAGUAAAGCCACAUAGAUGUUAAGAAAUGUUAAAUUGUGUG